GCCCGGCCCUGAGCGCGGCAUGGAUGGUCCCGACAUCUUCCUGGGCCCCUGCGAAGGUGCCCUCGGCGGGGUCCCGGGUCACAGACGACGCUGCGUGUCGGCCCUGGAGCCCGUCGCCGCGCCCGGCCCCGGCGCAGAGGCCGGCUGGGAGGAGGAAGAGGAGGAAGAUGAGAACGAAGAUCGCUUUCGGGGGGUGCCGUUGAGGCGAGCUUGCGCCCUCCGGACUUCCAUCCGCUCCCGGGACCCCUUCCGCCGGCACAGCUGGGAGCCGGGCAAGGAGCUGCGCGGGGUCCCCGGCUACGACCAGCUCAGCGUGAGUCUCAAAGGGCUGAGCCCCGAUGACAUCGACUCCAGUGCGGAGCAGCUGGACGGGCUGGGGCGGCACCGGCGGGACCCCCGGCGAGCCCCCCUCAUCCACAGCAACGACGACCUGGAGUCCCUGCUCUCCCAGGACGAGGAGGACGAGGCUGAUGUGCAGCGGGCGCAGGAGGAUGCACGGAGGCUGCCGGCGUACGGGGCCAGGCAGAGCGCCGGCGGCUGCGCCCUCCCCAAAUCGGCAUCGCUCGGCGUCAUCGACAGCUUCCCCGAUGCAGACGAAAUUUCCCCCUUCGCCUCCCAGUGGAGCCUGGUCAAUGGCUUCAGCGCCGGGAGCUGCGGGCAGCUGGCGGGGGAGGCGGGGAGCCAGAGCUGGGAAGAGACCCCCCUGGGCCGGACCCUCAGCUUCAUCAGGAAGAUGACGGGGAAGACGAAGAGCAAAGAGAAGGAGAAGAUGAAGGAGGGCAAGGAGAAGGACGCCCGCUACACCAACGGCCACCUCUUCACCACCAUCACCGUCUCCGGCAUGACCAUGUGCUUCGCCUGCAAUAAGAGCAUCACGGCCAAGGAAGCUCUUAUCUGCCCCACCUGCAACGUCACCAUCCACAACCGCUGCAAGGACACGCUGCCCAACUGCACCAAGGUGAAGCAGAAGCAACAGAAAGCCGCGCUGCUGAAGAACAGCUCGGCGCUGCAGUCGGUCUCGCUGCGCAAUAAAACCGCCAUCCGGGAGCGCCCCAAUUCGGCCAUCUACCCCUCGGAGAGCUUCCGCCAGACGCUGCUGGGUCCCCGCCGCGGCCGACCCUCCCUCUCCCUCUCCAAGAGCGUCUCCACCACCAACAUCGCUGGGACGUUCAACGAUGAGUCUCCCCUGGGGAUACGGCGGAUCCUGUCGCAGUCCACGGACUCCCUCAACAUGCGCAACCGCACGCUCUCCGUGGAGUCGCUCAUCGACGAAGGCCCCGACGUCAUCCUCAACCAGCUGAUGAGCGACUUCGAGGCGGACGGGAAGGACUUUGAGGCGGAUUCCUGGAGCCUGGCCGUGGACAACAGCUACCUGCAGCAGCACAAGAUGGACGUCAUGAAGCGCCAGGACGUCAUCUACGAGCUGAUCCAGACGGAGAUCCACCACGUCCGCACGCUGAAGAUCAUGGCCAACAUGUUCCGCAAGGCCAUGCUGGAGGACCUGCAGGUGGACCCCACCACGGUGCAGAAGAUCUUCCCCUGCGUGGACGAGCUGAGCCAGAUCCACGAGCGGUUCCUGACGCAGCUCCUGGAGCGUCGCAGGGAGUCCCUGGCCCACGACAGCAACAAGAACUUCGUCAUCAACCGGCUGGGGGACAUCCUCGUCAACCAGUUUUCGGGCGGCAGCGCGGAGCAGCUGAAGAAAGCCUACUCGGAGUUCUGCAGCAAGCACACCAAAGCCGUCAAGGAGUACAAGGACCUGCUCGCCCGCGACAAGCGCUUCCAGCAGUUCAUCCGGAGGAUGACGCGGUCCUCGCUGCUCCGACGUCACGGCGUGCCCGAGUGCAUCUUGCUGGUGACGCAGAGGAUCACCAAGUACCCGGUGCUCAUCGAGCGCAUCCUGAAGAACUCCAAAGACAACGAGGGUGACUCCGCGGACCUGUCGCGAGCGCUGAAGCUGGUGAAGGAGCUGAUCUCCUCCAUCAACGAGGAGGUGCACACGUGCGAGAUGAACGCGCGGCUGUGGGACGUCUACAGGCGCGUGGACGGCCGCGCCAAAGUGCAGCUGCCGUGGGAGAACCGCACCGGCGUUUUCGGCAAGGACGAGCUCCUGCGGCGGAAGCUGGUGCACAGCGGCUGCAUGCUCUGGAAGACGGCGACUGGGCGCUUCAAAGACGUCCUGGUGCUGCUGCUGACGGACGUCCUCAUCUUCCUGCAAGAGAAGGACCAGAAAUACACCUUCCCCAUGCUGGACAAGCCGGCCGUCAUCUCCCUGCAAAACCUCAUCGUGCGGGAUAUCGCCAACCAGGAGAAGGGGAUGUUCCUGAUCAGCGCGGCGCCGCCGGAGAUGUACGAGGUCCACGCCGCCUCCCGCGACGACCGCAACAACUGGAUGAAGGUCAUCCAGCAGACGGUCAGCCUCUGCCCCAGCCGCCAGGACUUUCCCCUGAUCGAGACGGAGAUUGAAGCGUCCUUACGCAAGCUGAAAGACCGCAUCCUGCAAUGCGACCGGAAGAUCGCGGCGCUGCUGGAGGAGAAGGUGGGGCUCUUUGCCGACAUGCGGGCCCUGGCCGGCGGCUGCGAGGAGCCCUCGCCCACCCUGGCCCCCCGCACCUUCUUCCACUCCGACUCGGCCGACGGUUCCCGAGGGGAGAAGCUGAUGCACGACGCCAUCCGGGAAGUGGAGUGCCUGCAGGAGAUGUUCACCGGCGCCGGACGCGACCGCGACCAGAAUAACCUCGCCGAGGCCGAGAGCUGCCCCAGCCCCGGUGCCAGCAACGGUGACGCCGGCAACUUCAACGGCUCCCUGGAGUUUUGCAGGGCGGAUUCGGACGCUGGGCAGCGGGACGGGAACGGCAACCAGGUCCCGCAGAGGGUACCCCAGGAGGAGAUCAACCAGCGGCUGGUGAACCUCUACAGCCUCCUGCACAGGCUCCAGGCGGCGAUGAGCCAGCAGGACACGCUGCUGCAGCUGCAGCUACAGGAAAGCACGGAGAAACCGUCCCGCCGCGGUUCCCAACCGGCUCCGGCGGAGCCGACGGCACGAGCGGGCGAGAAGCCCGGCACGACGGAGCUGGCGCUGCUGCAACGGCAACACGGGCUGCUGCAGGAGGAGCUGGGGCGCUGCCGGCAGCUCUGCCAGGAGCGGGCGCAGGAGGCGACGGCCCUGGAGACGCGGCUGCGGGACAGCGAGCAGGAACGCGCCCGGCUGGAGCGCGAGCUGGAGGAGGUCCGGCGGCAGUUGGGCGCUCUGCGGCAGGAGGGCGGCGGCGGCAGCGGCGGCGUGCGGGGACGUCGCGGGACCGAUCCGCGGCGGAGGAGUCUGCCGGCCGGAGAUGCGCUCUAUCUCAGCUUCACCCCGCCGCAGCAGCUGAGCCACGGCCCCCACCCCGCCAGCCUCUCCUACCACCACCCUGCCUUCGCCCCCUGCCCCCGGGAGGAGCUGGAUUACCGGGGGGGCGAUCCCGACCGGCUGCGGGAGGGCGAGGACGCCCUGGACGCGCUCCUGGAGGACGAGGGCUUGGGGAGCCGCCACUCCCCCCCCGCCAGCCCCCGAGAUUUCCUGAGGAUGCAGGAUAUUCCCGAGGAGGUGGAGAACAGCCAGGAGCUGAGGGAGGGCGACGGGGGCUCCUCGGACAGUUAGGGACCGGCUCCUGCCCCUCCUCGGCCCCCCCAGCGCCCCACGACAUCCCCCCCCCCCAAGGAGAUGCUGGGGUCAGGAUCCAGCCCUGGGGGGUUGGGGGGCACCCAGGGCUGUUUUGGGGGAGCUGCUGUUCCCGUGGGAGCCUUAACGGGGCUGGGGGGGGGGGGGGGGUGUCCGGUCGCCCCCCUCCCCUCCUCCAAACUGGGGCUGGGGGGGGGACAGGGACACCGACACAGCGGUUUGGGACUGAUGUCCCCCCCCCACGCACCUCCGCUCGGAUUUAUUUAUUUAUUUUGUCGUCUGGGGGUGGGAGGAGGCGGCCGGAGGGGGGGUCCUGGUCUGUCCCAGCGCUGGGCAGGAUGUGACACCCCCCCCCCCUUCCCCUCGGGACAGCGGUGAUGGGGAUGAGCCCGUCUCUACCGAAAAGCUCGUCCCUCACCCUGGUUUUGGGGGGGCUGCUUGGGGUGGGGCCGGGACGGUGGUUUUAAUCAGGUGGUUGGUUCCCCUCGGAUUAACUGUAAAAAAAAAAAAAAAAAAGAAGAAAAAAAAAAAAGAGAGAAAAAGUUGGAAAAUAAUUAAAACGAGCAGUUUUGACCCAAA